CAUCUAGAGUCAUUUCAGUCACUGUUAGCUGGUGCCAUGGAGCCUCUAGGGACAGUGACCAUUUUGAUGAUCAUAUGUAUCUCUUGCCUUGUUUUCCUUGCAGUCAGGAGCAGAACGCCAGAGAAUGCAAAGCAGCUGCCACCUGGCCCACCUCCACUGCCCAUCGUAGGGAAUGCUCUGCAGCUGAAGACCAACAACCUGGCCCAGGUUCUCCAGGAGUUUGGUGAGAAGUAUGGCUCUGUGUUCACAAUGUAUUUUGGAACAGAACGGGUUGUGGUGCUGCAUGGCUAUGAUGCAGUGAAAGAAGCAUUGAUUGACCGUGGAGAUGAAUUUGCUGCCAGAGGACACCUGCCAUUAGCUGAUGAUGUCAACAAGGGAUUAGGAAUUAUAUUCAGCAAUGGGGAGAUGUGGAAGCAGCUCCGACGUUUUGCCCUUACCACCCUGCGCAACUUUGGCAUGGGAAAGAAAAGUAUUGAGGAGAGAAUCCAGGAGGAAGCACAGUUCCUGCUGGAAAAGUUCCAGGACACUCAGGAGAAGCCCUUGGAUCCAACCUACUUGCUCAGUUGCGCUCUCUCCAAUGUCAUUUGUGCAAUUGUCUUUGGGAAACGAUAUGAUUAUAAUGACAAGAAGUUCCUAUCCAUGAUGAGCUUAAUGAAUGAAAACUUUCAGGUUUUAAGCUCUUCUUGGGGACAGCUCUACAACCUCUUUCCUUCUUUGAUGAAAUGCAUCCCUGGGCCCCACCAUAAAGUGCUGAAAAACAACUUGGCAGCCAGAGAGUUUGUUUUGGAGGAGGUUGAAGAGCACAAGCCCACUCUGGACCCCAGCUCACCUCGGGAUUUUAUCGACUGCUUCCUUAUGAAAAUGGAUCAGGAAAAAGGUAAUAGUGCAUCCCAUUUCACCAUUGAGAACUUGGCCAUAAGCACAGUUGACUUGUUUGUGGCUGGAACAGAGACCACCAGCACCACACUGCGAUACGGGUUCAUGGUCCUCCUCAAAUACCCAGAGAUACAAGACAAAGUGCAUGAAGAAAUUGACCGAGUUAUUGGCCGAUCACGAAGUCCUUGCAUGGCAGAUCGUGGGGAAAUGCCUUACACAGAUGCCGUCAUCCAUGAGAUCCAGAGGUUCAUCUCUCUCAUCCCACUGAGCGUCCCUCAUGCAGUACUCAAAGAUACACCGUUCAGACAAUAUGUCAUUCCAAAGGGCACUACCAUAUAUCCUAUUCUGACGUCUGUACUACAUGACAGCAAAGAAUUUCCAAACCCCAAAGAAUUUGACCCAGGACAUUUCUUGCACAAAGAUGGCACCUUCAGGAAGAGCGACUAUUUCAUGCCUUUCUCAGCAGGGAAGCGGAUAUGUGUGGGGGAAGGUCUGGCCCGUAUGGAGAUCUUCUUGUUCUUGACCACCAUAUUACAGAACUUCACUCUGAAGUCCAUCAUUGACCCCAAGGACAUCGAUCUCACACCGGUGUUGAGCAGCAUAGGCAACUGCCCUCGGCCCUAUCAGCUUUGCAUUGUCCCUCGCUGAAAAGCCUGCCUCAGUAGGGCUGCACAUGUGGAAAAGUUGCAGCCUGGCAAAUCUUUGUUCAAAAAACCCAUAACACAAUAUCUCCUCAGGUGUGGAGCCGUAUCUUCUUACCUGAUUAUUUGUUGAAAUGUUACUUUGGGGAUCCUGCUAGAGACUAUUUCACGUUGAAGACAUUAUUGCAAUGGACAAAUAGCAGGAUUUAGAAAUUAGUCACACACAAAAAUCCCAUUCUUAUCUUUCUUGCCCCUUCAUAUGCAUAUGUGUGACUGGUGCGGUGGCAUGUCCUGCAGCCAGGGGUGUGUUGAGCGACCCAUGGGGGUGGGGCAAGACUCUCCAAUGCUUGGAGCCUCUCCGCCGCCUCCCCCUCAGCUGUAGGGCGUCUGAGGGAGAGGCAGUAGGCAGACACAAAUCCCACGUUGCAGCGCGAAACUUGCAGGUGCCUAAGCCACCAUGUCACUCCAAAAAAUUUCAUGAGCCCAAUUUUUUAAAAACUCAUUUUGUCACACACCCCUCAAUGAUGACAUCCAGGGCAGACUGUACCCCCCCACCCCUUCCUCCACCACUGUAUAUGUGUGAUGGGCAAAAUCUGCCAAGAUGUAAGCUUUUUAGCCACUGAGUCUUGUUACUCUUUGGGCUAAAUGAAGCCAAUCAGACUGGAAGGAACUGAGUCAACCACCGAGGAACUGGUGACCCUCAACGGUUGUUGGACUCUUGCUGGGGCAGAUGGGGGCUGGAGUCCAGGAAUAUCUGAAGGGCUGCAGGUUCCCCAUUCUUGCCAUGAGGGCUCAGUUGGGACAACUCC